AUGAUUAAGAACAAAAACGCGGAAGAAGAGUCGAAGAAACCGCCACCGCCGGACCCGUCCGUGUUUCGUGGCCAAAGUGGCACCGAUUGUCAGUGCUCCUCCGUCGUCGAAUGUGGAGAGAACGAUCGGUUUUUGCUGUUGACCGCAGACGGCGACGGACGAGUGAAACUUUGGAACGGGGAAACGAAAAGGAACGUGUGGACGGUCGGUGAUGACGACGACGAUGACGACGACGACGAGAACACCACGCGCGACCCCAAAAGGAAAGUUUCCUCGUCGAUUUUAGCGAUCGAAAUUGUCGAAGACUGUAAAGAGUCAGACAGAUGUACGUUUCUCACGCACGAAAGAGACGGCACGGUUUGCUUGUGGGUUUCCUCACCUGAAGAGAACGAAGAGAAAGACGAAGAUAUUUUCCCGCCGAAACGGUGGCGACGGAAACCGAUGCUGAAACAAGUGUUAGAAACAGAGAGCGAGUGUCACACGUUUUGUCCAAUGUCGAACGUGAUAACAACGGUGUCGUCGUUAGAAGAGGAAAUAAAACGUGGAGUAGUAGUAGCUCGACCGGCGAGCGAACGAGGCGCCGUGGAGCUCGUAUCGGUCGAUUUGGAAGGAGGAAGGAUGACGUCGAAACCGAUACUGUUGGAGAAGAGGGAAAAGGUGACGACGGGAGAAGGGAGCGAAGAAGGAGAAGAGGAAGAGGAAGAGGACAACGAAAAGUACGGGAGCGUGUCUGCGUUGAAGUUUCUCUCCAGACGAACUUUAAUGAUUGGAUACGAAAGCGGACACGUGACUGUCGUGAGAACAGACGAGGGAGACUUCCUCGACGCCGGCUCAUCGAACUCAAAUGUUCAUCUACCAAACAACACCGAACGAUGUUUUAAAGAUAUGGUCACGUGCAUAGACAGUUACGUACAGAGGAAGAACGAUGAAGAAGAUGAGAACAUAGAUUGCAAGGAUAGAAUGCACGUAGUCGCCAUCGGGUGCGCGGACGGCUCCGUCACCCUCUAUAUGGGAAUCGAACUCUUCAGGUCUGUGAUCGCGAACUUUUCACUUCUGUCUGUCUCAGAAGGUGUCUACGAAGAAAUUUUCGCUCUAAAAAAAGACUCCACGAAAGGUCCGUAUCACUCCCCGGACGAAUCCACCCAAGGCGUCGCCUCUCUCUCCUUCCGCGCCGACCGCAAACUCCUCGCCGUCGGGUACUGGGACGGGAAAACCCGCAUCUUCUCCCACCGAAAAUGCUGGGACUCCGGACCCGCACACCGUAUAGGGCCCAUUCUCGCGUGUUUAAAAACGGAAAAGUUGGUCCGAACCGACCGACUCCCCGGCGUCGCUUCGGUCCAGUUUCGCAAAAAAGGCGGAAAAGAGUUACUCGUGUGCACUCGACAAGACGGGUGCUGUCGCGUGUGGCCGAUAUUUCCUCCGAGCGGCGGGUGA